AUGUUACAUCCGUACGCUCCCCCACCUGAUCCUCUCCAUGUAACUCUGUUCUAUGAUCGCGAUGAGAAUUGGGUGUAUCAUGAGGCCUUUAUGGAUGUGGAGGGUAAGGGGUCGGAGGUGACAUCCACCUGUUUGUUUGCGGGUCCUGAGGGAGUGGCUGCUGCAGUAACCUUACCCUAUGAAUUAAUAAAAAUUUAUGAAAUGGCUGCUGAAGCAGCCCCGCACAUCACUCUGGCUGUACAUGCUGACCAUCAAGCCAAAGAAUUAGGUCCCAUGACAAAAAGACUGUUAAAAGUCUCUGAUUGGGUUACAACACAGAUCCCACAGCUUUCAUACUCUGAGUCUGAAAAAGCUUACAAAAUCACCAAAACAGCAGUAGAUUCUGUUCUACUGGAGCAAAGGCAGAUCGAACGAUUUCAUGGCAGAGAGAAAACUGAUCAUCCUGACUCCUCUAGUAUGCUAGAGGCUCUGCCACCUUCUCUGUGGUCAUCAGGACCGACAGAUGUUGGAUUUUGCUCCACUAUUGAUCCUAUCACUUUUGAUGUUAAGCCAGAUGCAGGACCUAUUUGGCUAAACCAGUAUCCCCAUAAACAGGUAGCUGAAGAGGGUAUUGCAGACACCAUUGAGGGUUUGUUAGCUGCUGGUGUGCUAAUUGACAGCAGUAGUAAUUGGAAUACACCUAUUCUACCUGUGGAGAAGCAAAACACUGGCAAAUUUCGUAUGGCUCACGAUUUACGCAGCAUUAAUACCAUCAUCACCACAGCUACAUUGCCAGUACCCAAUCCAUACAUUGCUCUGUCCAGAGUUACUCCCUCUCAUCAGUGGUUCACGUGUAUUGAUUUAGCGAACGCGUUUUUCUGCCUUCCCCUUGCCCCAGCCUUAAGACACAUUUUCUCAUUCACAUAUCAGGGUCGACAGUUCACAUACAGCAGACUCCCACAGGGUUUCAUUUUGUCACCAGGGAUCUUCAACCAUGUGUUGAAGGAUCUCCUUGCAGGAGUUGAGCUACCACAGGGCUCUGUGUUAGUACAGUAUGUUGAUGAUCUAUUGAUAGCUUCCCCCUCACCAUCAGUGUGUCUAGCAGCCACAGACGUGGUGUUGCGCAGAUUGUUUGAAGUAGGGUUCAAAGUCUCAAAGAAAAAGCUUCAGUGCUGCAGACAGUUGGUUUCCUUCUUGGGUCGUGUUAUCUCAGGGAAAGGUACAGGGGUGUCCCCAGCACACAAAGACUCAAUCCUACACCACACAAAACCACAUAAGGUCAAAGACAUGCUUUCUUUUCUAGGCCUGACAGGAUAUAGCAGACAUUUUGUACAAGCCUAUGUUGAACUCACUGCACCACUACGCGCUAUGGUUAAUUCCAAAGGCAUGCGUAACCUCACAGCCACAUUAGAAUGGGAUGAAGUUGCUGAGCUCAUGUCAAAUGCCAUUGCACUGGCUGUGCCAGACUACACACUCCCGUUCUAUUUGGAUGUUUCUGAAACACCACGCUCUGUUAACUGAGUGCUUUUUCAGAAAAAGGGGGGUGAUAGGAAGAUACUGACAUAUGCAAGCGUUACGCUAGAUGCAACAGAGAACAGACAACCACCAUGCACAAGACAUGCAGCAGGAGUGGCAAAAAUUUUGAACAAAACAGCACACAUUGUUAUGGGACAUCCAAUAACAGUACUCACCACACAUAGUGUAGUGGCAUAUGUGAACUCACAAGCAUUCACUAUGACCUCACUAAGACAAACAAGGCUUGAAAAAACCCUAACUGCACCACACAUAACAUUCACACACGAGGGUAUUAACAUGGCAGACAAUAUGGGAGAAGGGGAACCCCAUGUAUGUGAAGAAAGGGUGCAGAAAGAUGUCAGGAUAAGAUCAGACUUACAGGGAGAGCCAAUAGAUAGAGCUGAGGAGACAUUGUUUACUGACGGCUGUUGUUUCAGACAUCCAACAGAAGGUCUGAAAGCAGCAUGGGCGGUAGUAAGAACAACACCAGCAGGGUUUGAGACAAUACUUUCAGGGAAAGUGAAAGGCAAAGAGUCAGCACAACUAGCAGAGCUACAAGCAAUGAUAGCAGCAUUAGAAUGGUCUGAGGGAAAGAGCGUUAACAUCUACACAGACUCAGCAUAUGUUGUAGGAGCAAUACAUGUGGAACUGAGCCAGUGGAUGAGAGCAGGAUUUCUCACAGCCUCUAAAACCCCUAUCAAACAUGAAAAAGACAUCAAACGACUGACAGAAGUCUUAAUGAAACCCAGACUGAUUGCAGUAAUUAAAUGCAAGGGACAUGACAAAACUGACUCACUGACUGCAAAGGGAAAUGACGCAGCUGACCAGGCAGCAAAACAGGAAGCAGGAUAUGGUGUGCAGUACACUAUGAUACAGUCAGAAAAGACUAUACAUGAUUUGGUACUUUCCCCUUGUCAGGAAGAUGUAGUAGGAUUAGAACAAAAAAAAGCUUCUCCUCAAGAGAAGAGUGUGUGGAUAAAUAAAGGAGCCAGAAAGAGUGAGGGAAUUUGGAGAGCACUGGAUGGGAGGCCAGUACUUCCCCCGGGACUCACCUCAGCUGUGCUCCAGGAAGCACAUGGGUUAACUCAUUGUGGCAGUACUCAAAUGAAACAUCACCUGACUCAUUGGUGGCAUCCUUAUCUACCUGCAGCAAUUGAAAAUCACAUCAGAGAGUGCAGCACAUGUAAGGCCUAUAAUGUAAAACCAACUAUCAAACCACACCAAGGCAAAUUUCCAUUACCUCCCCUGCCAGGACAGGAAAUCAUUAUUGAUUACACAGACAUGUUGAUCAAUGCUAGAGGGUACAGGUACCUCUUGGUAGCAGUGGAUGCAUACACUGGCUGGCCUGAGGCUGUACCUACAAAGAAAGAGGAUGCACUCACAGUAGUCAAAUUCUUACUGAAUCAGUACAUCCCCACACAUGGAUUUCCCAAAAAGAUAAGAUCAGAUAACGGCACACAUUUCAAGAACAAACACCUACAGGCCGUAGAAGCUCAGCUAGGCCUAAAGCAUGCUUUUGGGACUGUAUAUCAUCCCCAGUCUCAGGGCAAAGUUGAAAGGAUGAAUCAGACCAUAAAAGGAAAAAUUGGGAAAAUCUGUGCAGACAGUAAGCUUAAUUGGGUGGAUGCUCUACCUAUAGCUUUGAUGUCAAUCAGGAGCUCAGUAAACUCUAUUACAGGAUUUACACCAUAUGAACUUAUGUGUGGACAACAAUUUCCAGGACCUGGAGCUGGUGGUGUAAUCUGUCAAACCACUCCAUUUCUAGAGUAUAAACCGUACUAUGACCAUCUCACUGCACUUGUCUCAGUCUUCUCCAAACAGGUUGCUGAGAUAAAAGGGGGAGAGGAAAAAGCGCCUCCACCGAGAGACACCAAGUGGGUUCUGCUAAAAGUCUUUAAGUGGAAGUGGUCGGAGCCAAGGUGGACCGGACCAUAUCAGGUGACAGAGAGGACAUCCCACGCUGUUCGGCUGAAGGGCAAGGGAGAGACCUGGUUUCACUGGUCGAUGUGCACGGCAACUGAUCCACCAACCAGGACCAUGGAAGAGAUAAGAAAAGACCUAAAAGAGCUGUCUUAGAUUGCUAAGAAGUCAAGAGACAUUGUUAUCAUUUUUUAUUAUUACUUAGCUAUUGCCAAAAUAGAAAGUGUGAGUCAUUAAA